AUCAGUGACAUGACAUCAUCAUCUUUAGUCUACAUUAGACUAGAGACUGAAGGUCUGUUUCUGUUGUGUUGAAGCCCAAUCCAUCAGGAGAGACCAGACUCACCCAGCUCUCUGUCCAUGAAGAGUGACGGGUCUAUGGACCAUUUCUAUGAUUGCGAAGAUGGAGACUUUUCUGCAUUUACAGGCCCAAUCAAGCAGGAGAGACCAGCCUCCCCUGUUCCCAGCUGUGUGUCCAUGAAGAGUAACCGGUCUAUGGAACUACCUGAGGUGUUUAGAGAGGGAGACUUUUCUACUGAACAAAGUCCAAUCAAGCAGGAGAGACCAGCCUCCCCUGUUCCCAGCUGUGUGUCCAUGAAGAGUGGCUGGUCUAUGGAUAAACCUCUAUACUUUAGAGAGGGAGACUUUUCUACUGAACAAAGAAACCAACAGGAGAGAUCAGAGUCAGAGAUUCUCAGUGGUCAGUCUUCCCAGAGUCAUCAAACAGACCUGGCCUCCAUAUUCAGUUUGCUUGAAGAGAAAAUUAUGAUAUUUGUGAAGAACGAGCUGAAGAUGUUCAAGAGGAUUCUUAGUCCAGAACUCCCAGAAGGCUUUGAGAGUCAGAAGCAGGAUAAGGAAGUGGUGGAUGCUGAAGAUGAGAAGCAGGAGAGCAGUGCCAGAGAGGGGGCUCUGAAGAUCACACUGCACAUCCUGAGGAAAAUGAACCAGAAGGAGCUUGCUGACACACUGGAGAAAUAUUCAGAUGAGCUCGCUGUGAUUUGCCAACGUGAACUCAAAUCUAAUCUAAAGAAGAAGUUUCAAUGUGUAUUUGAGGGGAUCGCUAAACAAGGAAACCCAACACUUCUCAAUAAGAUCUACACAGAGCUCUACAUCACAGAGGGUGGAACAGGAGAGGUCAAUAAUGAACAUGAGUUGAGACAGAUUGAGACAACAACCAGGAAACAAGCAAGACCAGAGACUGCAAUCAAAUGUAACGACAUCUUCAAACCCUUAACUGGACAAGACAAACGUAUCAGAACUGUGCUGACAAAGGGAGUCGCUGGCAUUGGAAAAACAGUCUCUGUGCAGAAGUUCAUUCUGGACUGGGCUGAAGGAAAUGCAAAUCAGGAUGUCCAAUUUGUAUUUUCAUUCCCUUUUCGUGAACUGAAUUUGAUGAAAGGCGACAAACACACUUUCAUUGAACUUCUCAAUCACUUCUCAAUGGAAACCAAACUAUCAAGAAUCUCCAACUACGACAAGUACAAAGUUCUGUUCAUCUUUGAUGGUCUGGAUGAGUGCCGACUGCCCCUAGACUUCCAGAAGAACAAGAUCUGUUGGGACGUCACAGAGUCAACCUCAGUGGAUGUUCUGCUGACAAAUCUCAUCAGGGGAAAUCUGCUUCCCUCUGCUCUCCUCUGGAUAACUACCCGACCUGCAGCAGCCAAUAAGAUCCCUUCAGGGUGUGUUGACCAGGUGACAGAGGUACGAGGGUUCAAUGACCCACAGAAGGAGGAGUACUUCAGGAAGAGAUUCAGUGAUGAGGACAUGGCCAGCAGAAUCAUCUCACACAUAAAGACAUCAAGGAGCCUCCACAUCAUGUGCCACAUUCCAGUCUUCUGUUGGAUUUCUGCAACAGUCCUUGAACACAUGCUGAAACAUAAGAGAGAAGAGAUGCCCAAGACUCUGACUGAGAUGUACACACACCUUGUGGAGUUUCAUACCAAACAGAAGACCGAAAAGUAUCUUGGGAAAGAAGAGACAGGUCCACACUGGAAUAAAGAGAGCAUUCUGUCACUGGGAAAACUGGCUUUUCAACAGCUUGUGAAUGGCAAUCUGAUUUUCUAUGAAGAAGACCUGAAAGAGGCUGGCAUUGAUGUGAAUGAAGCCUCAGUGUACUCAGGAUUGUGCACACAGCUCUUUAAAGAGGAAUGUGGGCUGUACCAGGACAAGGUGUACUGCUUUGUUCAUCUGAGCAUUCAGGAGUUUCUGGCUGCUGUAUAUGUGUUCCUCUCAUUCAUCAACAACAAUGAGAAUCUAAUGGACAAACUGCAAACAAAAGACAAUACUGAAGUUACUGUCUACAAGAGUGCUGUGGAUAAAGCCUUACAAAGUGAGACAGGAAACCUGGACCUUUUCCUCCGCUUCCUUCUGGGCCUCUCCAUGGAGUCCAAUCAGAAGCACUUACGAGGUCUACUGACAAAGACAAGAAUCAGCUCACAGAGCCAUGAAGAAACAGUCAAGUACAUCAAGGAGAAGAUCAGGGAGAAUCCCUCUCCAGAGAGGAGCAUCAAUCUGUUCCACUGUCUGAAUGAACUGAAUGACCAUUCUCUAGUGGAGGAGAUCCAAAGAUACCUGAGAUCAGGAAGUCUCUCUAGACCCAAACUGUCACCUGCACAGUGGUCAGCUCUGGUCUUUGUGUUGCUGACUUCAGAAAAGGAGCUGGAUGUGUUUGACCUGAAGAAAUACUCCAGAUCAGAGGAAGGUCUUCUGAGGCUGCUGCCAGUGGUCAAAGCCUCCAGAGCUGUUCUGCUGUCAGGCUGUGGAGUCACAGAGGAAGGCUGUGCUUCUCUGGUCUCAGCUCUGAGGUCAAACCCCUCACACCUGAGAGAGCUUGAUCUGAGUAACAAUGACCUGAAGGAUUCAGGAGUGAAGCUGCUCUCUGCUGGACUGGGGAAUCUCCACUGUAAACUGGAGACUCUGAGGCUGUCAGGCUGUCUAGUCACAGAGGAAGGCUGUGCUUCUCUGGUCUCAGCUCUGAGGUCAAACCCCUCACACCUGAGAGAGCUGGAUCUGAGUAACAACGACCUGAGUGAUUCCGGAGUGGAGCUGCUCUCUGCUGGACUGGGGAAUCCCCACUGUAAACUGGAGACUCUGAGGCUGUCAGGCUGUCUAGUCACAGAGGAAGGCUGUGCUUCUCUGGUCUCAGCUCUGAGGUCAAACCCCUCACACCUGAGAGAGCUGGACCUGAGCUAUAAUCACCCAGGAGACUCAGGAGUCAGACUGCUCUCUACUGGACUGGAGGAUCCACACUGCAGACUGGAGAAACUCAAUGUGGAACAUGGUGGAGAGAACAGAAUGAAACCUGGACUUAGAAAAUAUGUCUGUGAUCUCACACUGGACCUAAACACAGUAAACAGACUCCUCUCUCUGUCUGAGGUGAACAGAAAGGUGACAUGUAGGACAGAAGAGCAGCCGUAUCCUGAUCACCCAGAGAGAUUUGAGGACUGUGGACAGGUGCUGUGUAGAGAGGGUCUGACUGGGCGCUGUUACUGGGAGGUAGAGAGGAGUGGAGAGGCUGUUAUAGGAGUGACAUAUAAAGGAAUCAACAGAAGAGGAAGGGGUAGGGACUGUUGGCUUGGAUACAAUGACAAGUCCUGGAGUCUGUUCUGCUCUGACAACAGUUACUCUGCCUGUCACAAUAAUAUUACCACUACCAUAGACGUCCCCUCCUCCAGCUCCCACAGAGUAGGAGUGUAUCUGGACUGGCCAGCCGGCACUCUGUCCUUCUAUAGAGCCUCCUCUGACACACUGACCCACCUGAUCACAUUCACCUCCACAUUCACUGAGCCCCUCUAUCCAGGGUUUAGGGUUUGGUGGGAUGAAGGCGACUCAGUGUCCCUCUGUCAGUGAUACACACAAACACACACACAAACUGGACAAUCACACACACACACACACACACACUCUGGACAAACACACACACAAGGCUGGACACACACUUGACACACACACACUCACACUGGACACACACACACACCUGCUGGACACACACACAUUGGACACACACACACACACACACAAACACACUGGACGCACACACACACACUCACACUGGACACACACACACACUCAUACUGGACACACACACACACACAAACUGGACACACACACACAUACACCUGCUGGACACACACACUGGUUACACACACACACACACUGGACACACACACGCACACACACUGGACUCAGACACACACUGGACACACACACAAACACACACUGGACUCACACACACACACUGGACACACACACACACACACACACACAUACACCUGCUGGACACACACACUAGUUACACACACACUGGACUCACAGACACACACUCACACUGGACACACACACACGCACAAACUGGACACACACAGAAACAUACACCUGCUGGGCACACACACUGGUUACACACACACACAGUGGACUCACAGACACACACUGGACACACACACAAACACACACUGGACUCACACACACACACACUGGACACACACAUACACCUGCUGGACACACACACUGGUUACACACACACACACUGGACUCACAGACACACACUCACACUGGACACACACACACACACACACUGGACACACACAUACACCUGCUGGACACACACACUGGACACACACAAACACAGUGGACACACACACACUGGACAAACACACAUUAGACAAAUACACACACACACUGGACACACACACACACACAUAAACACACUGGACUCACAGACACACACACACACACACACACACACACACACACACACACACACAGGACAAAUACACACACACACUAGACAAACACACACACAAACACAGUGGACACACACACACACACUGGACACACACACUGGACACACAGACACACACUGGACACACACAUACACACUGGACACACAGACACACACUGGACACACACAUACACACUGGACACACACAUACACACAGACACACACUGGACACAAACACACACACACACACACACGCACUGGACUCACAGACACACGCUGGACACACACACACACACACAACCACACUAGAUACACACUGGACACACACACUCUGGACACACACACACACACAUGCGCGUCUUUCUAUAGUUGUGAGGACCUCUUACAAUGACACUGUUAAAAUACCAAUGUAAUCAUGUGUUGUCUUUUAUAUUGAAAAACAAAUUAUAUAAUUAUAUAUGGACAUACGCUCCAUAGUUGUACAAGUAUACAAGGAUAUAUUGUACUUUUCAUAAUAAAACAUACUUGAAACAAGAAAAGCUU